GUUGUAGAUAUUUUAUUGUUCUGUUACGUCAACAGAAAUAAUUAAGUUCAAAAAUUAUUAAUUGCCUGAAGUACCCUCAAGUUCUGUAACAAAAAUGGGUAAUAUUUUUUCAGCUGACCCGGCAUCUAAUGCAAAUGAGGCGGUUUCGUGCAAUACUGAAGCAAUUACUAAUGGUCCGAAAGGUGGUCGCCAAAAAAGAGCAAAACGUCAAGCAGUGACUAAACGAGGAAGACCAAAAAAAAAGCGUAUGGACAAGCUUGAACGUAAGCGCAUAAAGAAACCAGUAAGUAACAAGCGUAAAACCGCUGUACGUAAAUCUGGAAAAAAGACUUCAUCAAGGCCUAAGACAGGAAUAAAGAAGCGAAAACAAGACAAGAGAGGUAAAGGUAAAGGCAAUAACUCAAGUAAGAUGGUAUACUGGGCAGAUAUAGGAGACGAUUCAGAUUACGAGGAAAAAUUUACAGCUCAGAACACUGAUGACUAUCCAAUUAAGUAGUAGGUGACUGUUGGGCAGUACAUAUAUCCCAAAACUCAUGAGACGAAUAAAAAUUAAAUAGAAUUUGUGUUGAUGAAGAAAACUAGAGGCAAGAGAAUGAGUUUUUUUUCUAUUUAUACAUGGAUCAUACACCUUUUUGUAAAACAAAAUUUAUAGUAGAUGUAAAUGACGCAAGCUUCUUAGAAACGAUUUAUUUUCUACUUUUACACAAAAAUUUACACAAAAAAUAAUAAA